CUUGAACUCCCUAUAUAAAACCAAACACAAACCGUGAAGUUUCGCAACUGUUCUGGUCCCAUCCUCAGGAUCAGUUAAUCAUAAAAAGAAUGCCGGAGGAUAUUUGCACCGACCGCCCUCUCUACGGCGGCUCAAUUUCCAGCACCUUCCCUGUCAGAUUCCAGGAUGUGAGCAACAUUCGACAAGUUCCUGAUCAUCAAGAGGCAUUUGUGGAUCCAAGUCGUGAUGAAAGCUUGAUUUUCGAGCUCUUAGAUUUGAAGCCUGAUGUGAAUGAUAAUGGAAGUGCCGUUUGGUUUCUUCAAGACCUUGCGAAUGAGCAAGACGCUCAAGGGUUUACUCUAGUUGAGCAGUCAGGCGUGGUUGAGGUUCCAAUUGGGAAUGUUUCAGUUGUUGUUACAACAGCAACUGGGCAGAUGGGGAUUUCUAAAGCACGACAAGGAAGGGAAGCCCAGAAUGUUGUGCAGGUUUAUUUGGCCAAUCUUCGACUUAAGAAUGUUGGCACCGAUGCUCUCGUUGUUGCCUAUGAACCCAUUUUGAUAAGUCCUUUGAGUGAAAGUGCUGCGACUGUUGGUGCUGGUUUACCUGCCCCGGCCGCGCAAUCUGGGUUCUUGCCAAUGGCUGAGGUUUUUAAGCUUGCUGUUUCUAAUUUCAAAGUUAAUGAUUGGAGUCUUUUUGGUAAUUGAACCACAGGGAAAGAUAUUGUUUGGGAAACUUUUCGAUUUUUUUUUGUUUAUUUAGCAUUCGAGGAGUUGUGAUAAAUAUUUGUAUGAAGUUUGGUCUACUUUCUUUAAAGAAAUGUUCUAAUUUUAAUGGUUUCAUACAUCUUUGCUGAAGAGUUUACAAGUACGGAAAAAAAGAAUUUUGAAAACCUAUAGGUGCAACUUGGAAACACUAAUUUGGGCCACUUGUGCAGUUCUGUUUUCUAAGCUCAAGACAAGAUAAACAAUGUUAGCUGCAUAAUUGCAUUGAUAGGCUUACACAAUUAUGCGGUCUGAUGGUCUCUGAAUGUUGAUUUAUGAUUCAGUAUUGUUACACGCCCGCUACAUAUUCCAUGCAUAUGAUGCGUGUGGUUCAUUUUAUUCCCUGCUUAUCGGACAUACACUCAAGUUUUGAUGGACUUCGUCUGUUUUCAGUCAAUUGAUUCUAUGAAACAUGAACUGAACGAUGCACAAUGCAGAAAGCGAAAGGACACAGCUCAUGAAAACAGUGUCCCCUGUCCCUAACACCCUUAUCCCCGUUGCAUAAAAUGCUCUGGUUAGAUUGUUUUAAAUUUUGCCAAUCUGAAUUUAGAAAUUGUUUUUCUAUUGUGUUCACCUAAAUACUAUUGACUCUUUUUCUUUUUUGCCCGCUUAUGCUGUUGCUAGGUUCCCUUGAUUUCUUUGAUGAACUUGCUCUGGGAAGUACAUUUUGAUGCAUGUUGAGUUGUGUUCCUGUGAUUUUAAUUCAUGUUGUCCCCUACUUCCAUGUUUACAUACAUUUGAGAUUUAUGGAGCAGCAUGUAUUGCAGCUUAUGCAAUGUAAAUAUGUUGGAGAUUCUGCUAUACAGAAAUAACUUUUGACUUUUACUGUACCUGAACCAUUCUGAACAAGCUUCGUUGUUAAAGUAUCAAAAUAGUCUUUAAGCACAAUUUUCCUGUUGCUCAGCAGAGUCAAAUCAUUAUUCUCAAUGGAUCAGAUAACAGAGUCUAAUGGAAGCUGUCAUUUAUAGUGAUGUCUCCUAAUUUUUAUCUCCCAAGGCUGCUGGUACUUGGAUGUUGGCCGCACAAAGUUUGCAGCCUCUGUUUCAAGACUGAAGUUUCUCACAUUUCCCUGUACUGUUAUCUGUUUUCCCACCUUAGGCUUAACACUUUUUAGACUAGAACAAGUAUCCAAUGACAGUGGCAAAGGAUGACAACUAAGGAGGAGCAGUUUCAGUUUUCAUCACAGACUCAAUGACAACAGACAGGCAAAGAAUAUCUCAUGCACUGACUUCCACAACACAUAUACCCUGAAUACAUCAAGUUCAUCAACCCUUCUAACAAACUUAUGUGCACCAUUUUUCUUCUCCUUUUUCAUUUUAUUCGUCAUUGGCUUUUAAUCCGUUUAUUUUUUUUCCAAUCGAACAACAAAUUAAAACCUAAUAUAUAACUCAAUUUUUUGGCAGGGAAAGGUUGCUAUGAUAACAGGAGGUGAUUCCAUAAUAGGAAAAUUUGUAUGCUAUCAUUUUGCAUUAGAGGGUGCAACUGUGGCGUUUACGGAUGUAGAAAGCAUAGAGGAUUGAAACAAGAAUGAUGCCCUGAAGAUGAUACUGAAGGCAAAGACAAGUGAUGCAAAAGACCUAUUGCCAUAGCUACUGAUGUUAGCAAUGAAGAUAAUUUACAAGAGAGUUGUUGAUCAAGUUAUGAGCAAAUAUGGGCAGAUAGAUAUUCUGGUGAACAGCACAGUCGUGCAACAUUAUAGUACAACACUAGAAAAGGUACAGAGGUUUGGCUUGAGAGGCUGUUAAGAACCAACAUUUAUGGUCACUUCUUCUGUAAGAAAAACUGCUUCGAGUAAUUCUUCCAUCCAGCGAGGAAGUUCUAAUAAUGAAGAUGCGGGUAUUUGAGAGUAAUUAACCAGUCAAGAAAUCUUAAUUCUUUUGAUCUUAUUCCCAAUUGGUAUGCAGGGAUUGUUUGAAGCACAUGAAAGAAGGAAGCUGUAUUAUCAAAACGACCAUGGAGUGAGUGCAGGGUUGCUUGAUUAUAGCUCUACUAAGAGUGCCAUUGUAUCAGUUACAAGAGCUCUGGCUCUGAAGCUUAUAAACGAAGGGAUUGGAGUAAAUGCUGAGGCCCCAGGUCCACUUUGGACGCCAUUGCAACGGGCUUCUUUGCCUGUUUAGAAGGUUCAAAGCUUUGGGUCUGGGAUUCCAAUGGGCAGGGCAGGGCAGGGCAGCCAUAUGAGAUUGCACCGUCUUUUGUCUUCCUGACAUCUGAUGAUUGUUCCUCAUACCUAACUGGUUAAGUUCUGCAUCCUAAUGGUAAGUAUUUUACAAAUAUUGGAAUUUGUUUACCUUGCAGGUGGUGUCAUUGUCAAUACUUCAUGUUGCUAGAACAUGACAUGAUAUUAGAUGGCUGCUCCUUAACAUCUCAAACAUGUUUUAAACCUUUUCUCUCUCUCUAAAAACACUUAGAAAAGAGGGUGGUUGUCGCAAUCACAAGGUUGAAAAUCCCUUUGCACGAUAUCACUUGUAUUUUUGUGUCCGUUUCAGCCGUUUAUAUACAUAUUAUCUUUCAUC